AUGAGGCAACAUGACGGUCUUACAAAGACGUUGAAUGCUUCUGGAUACAAAGACAAGGUUCCCCAACGUAUUCAUGAGGAGAAUGUAGCCAAGCUUGCCACACUCAUGCAAGAACUCCUAUCCUUUGAACAAGCUAGCCAGCAUUUAGAACGUGAAAUUGGAGAAGCGUCUACAACUGAUAACAACUGAUUCUUAUAUUCUUAGCAAUGGCUGGGUAAUCUUACAGAGGCCCAUCUAAAGGUAAAAUUGCUUUGAAUAUUAUAUUGCCUUCUUUUAAUUUCAUAAUAUCAUUAUUAGGUGGCAGCAUACUGCUGGGUAAUCUUACAGAGGCCCUUCUUAAGACAAGGAAAGGUUGGGGCUAGUGGGGUUCUUGAAGAUGAUAUGACGGUUUGUCCUAACCUGACUAAGUCCUCUGUGACGGCUUGAAAGGGGUUGGAGUUGUGCACCACACCAACGAUGAUUUGGCGUCCACUAUGGAUGUGUUUUGAAAUCCUCAACUUUAAAACUUUUAUUGGUUUCUAUCAAAUUUAAGAAAAAUGUUACGUUAUUAUUAUUUUGAGGCGUAAAUUAUAAUUUUAAAAGAUAUAAUCAAUUAUAAAAGAUUAGAG